GAAGCGUUUGAAGCGGAGUCACUGCUGCUCCUGCUCCUCCUGCUCCUUCUCCUGCUUCAGCCUGACAAAACGGAGGAUUUCUCUCACUCGUUCGGCCGCUCGCCGGUGCGCGGACUAAAACAAUGCUCUGUAGGACCGAACCGGGGCAAAGAUGCAAUGGAGGUCAAUAGUGGUGGGUCUCGUGGUGCUGCGGCUCUCCCUCGGCUGGGUGCUGUGGCUCGCGUUCGGACUGGGACCCAGCGUCAUCUGGGGGUUCAACUUCCAGCUCGGCUUCAACCUGCACAAGCUGGAUGCGCUGUUCGGGGAGGAGAAGGGCAGCGACCCGGGCUCUUGGUCCCAGCGGGUCCACGGCCCCAGGUAUGAGGAUUCGGCGACCACCUGUGCGAAGCCCGAGGAGGACUCGCCCAGGAGACCCUACCUGAGCUUCUUCGACGGCAACAAGGACGAGUACGUGCGGCGAUACAGCUCGUUCCCCGACCCCCUGAAAGCCAAGAUGAAGGACAUGGCCAGAGACAUGUUCUACUUCGGAUACGACAACUACAUGAAAUACGCUUUCCCCGAGGACGAGCUGAAUCCCAUUGCCUGCAAAGGAAGGGGACCAGACGUGCUGAACCCGUCGAACAUCAACAUAAACGAUGUCUUGGGGAACUACUCCCUGACAUUAAUUGACACCUUAGACACUCUGUUGGUGCUUGGCAACGUGACAGAGUUCCAGAAAGCCGUCAAGCUGGUUAUUGAAACUGUAUCUUUUGAUAAGGACUCGACGGUGCAAGUUUUCGAGGCGAACAUAAGGAUCUUGGGAAGCCUCAUCUCCUCUCACAUCCUGCUGACUGACCCAAAACAUCCGUUUGGCAAAGUGGGCUUGGAAGGUUACGAUAAUGAGCUGCUUCACAUGGCGCAUGACUUGGCCGUCCGCUUACUGCCGGCCUUCGAGAACACCAGCACAGGCAUUCCUUACCCCAGGGUGAACCUGAAGACUGGGGUCCCCCCUGACAGCAUCAAUGAGACUUGCACUGCAGGAGCUGGGUCCCUGCUGGUGGAGUUUGGGAUUCUGAGCCGCUUGAUCGGCGAUUCCACAUUUGAGUGGGUAGCCAGGCGAGCAGUUAGAGCUCUGUGGAAACUGAGGAGCAAUGAAACCGGUCUCUUAGGUAAUGUAGUUAAUAUCCAAACGGGCCAGUGGGUCGGGAAGCAGAGUGGCCUCGGAGCUGGUAUGGACUCCUUCUAUGAGUACCUGCUGAAAUCAUACCUCCUUUUUGGGGAGAAAGAGGACUACAGGAUGUUCCAGGCUUCUUAUGAGAGCAUACAGAACCACAUGAGGAGAGGGAGAGAGUCGUGUAAUGAAGGCGAGGGUGACCCGCCUCUCUACGUUAAUGUGAACAUGUUCAGUGGGGAAAUUAUGAACACCUGGAUCGACUCUCUUCAGGCCUUCUUUCCUGGGCUACAGGUGCUGAAUGGUGAUGUGGAUAACGCCAUUUGCCUACAUGCCUUCUACUAUGCCAUCUGGAAGCGCUUCGGGGCGUUGCCGGAGAGAUACAACUGGCAGCUGCAGGCUCCUGACGUGCUCUUCUACCCCUUGAGACCAGAGCUGGUGGAGUCGACCUAUCUGUUGUACCAGGCGACCAAAAAUCCUUUCUACUUGCAUGUCGGAAUGGAUAUUCUCCAGAGCCUUGAGAAAAAUGCCAAAGUCAGAUGUGGGUACGCCACUCUCCACCACGUCGUUGACAAAUCCAAAGAGGAUCGUAUGGAGAGCUUCUUCCUCAGUGAGACCUGCAAAUACCUGUACCUGCUUUUUGAUGAGGACAACCCACUUCAUCACUCCGAUAACAAGUACAUCUUCACCACAGAGGGCCACGUCGUGCCUAUAGACAAGCGCUUCAGGGAGAAGCAGUGGAAUGAUUUGUAUCCGUGCGAGGAGGGGGCCCUGGCAGAAACAGAGCCCAACUCCCGGCCACCUUCCAGCAACAUCAGCAAUUGUAGCAGGAUCCCAGAGGAGCGACGGUACACUCUGCCACUGAAGAGCGUCUACAUGAGGCAGAUCGACCACAUGGUGGGACUUUUAUAAAAGGCACAAGUGGGUACAGUGGCAUGAAGCGGCCUUCGGUACGCCUCCUGAGGUGCAGAGGCUAUGAGGUUAGAAAAGAUCGAGUGGUGGUCAAGCGCCUCGGCCCAUCUGUUCUGCUGCUCAGGAUCCAGACAAGGAACUGACUCUAAGGGAAACCAGUUUAAUUAUUUGCCGUAUUAUUAAAAGUUUGUGUCGGGUGCUUUGUCUUCUGGGUGUGAAAGCAUGUACUCAACAAAGACAGAGAAAGAGGAGUCAUGUUUUCACUGUGGUUUGGCGAUGAUGAAUGGAGAUUGUGGUUUUCUGUUGCGUGUCUGUGGAGUGUGUGUACUGUGUGUGUACUGUGUGUGUACUGUGUGUGUGAGUGAGAGAGAGGGAAAUGACAGCUAAGCUGUGAAUAAUAAUCAUCUGUUUAUGGGAACCGUGCCAUCUAGCCAAACAUAUGUAAAAUGUAUAGCCUAAAAAAAUCACCUCUAAAGCUUUUUUUCUAAACAUUAUGAUUAGUGCCUCUUUGCAGUUGACUCACUUGAGUAGAUCUGUGCUUUUACAUAAGGGCUGCACACUAACAUAUAAUGACAGGUGAUAACUCAUGCACACACUGUAAAACGCUGCCUAUUGGGAGGCUGUAGUAAACUUUAGAUUGUGCCUGUAGGAAACUUUUUUGGUCUUUUGUAGGCUUGAGGUCAAUUUUCCAAAAUGUAGAAACGGCUCUAGUCUCUCUGAUUUACUACAGAACUAGAGUGUUCUUCUUCUAGAUUAACUCUUUUUUAACAAUUUUAAAGCAACACCAUGUAACGUUUACUGAGCAGCAGCGCCCUCUGUAGACACACCUGAUUAUUUUGUAGGGCUUUGUGUACAAAGGAUUUAGUGGACUUGAUGUAGAGAAACAAAGCUCAUCCAUCUGUUGACCACAGCUGAACGGAACCCUGGCUUCAUGAAGCAGGGAAGCUGCUUCAGGUUUUUAGUUUUUAAGGACGUCUUUUUAACUGAUCAACACUUCGGCAAUUUAAACUGAACAUCAUGGGUCGUCUUUCAGAGCGAGCUAGCUCACCAAAGUUUCACAGAGCAAGAACAGAUAUUCGGGAUGAGCAGUGGGAAUGGAAGCUGCCACCGCUCUCUUCAGUUCAAACAACACAAACUAAUUUUGAAGCUGCUAUUUAGGUUUAAAAAGUUGCAUUUUGUUGCUUUAAAAGGAGCCUCUGUCCUACUUUUGCUAUGCAAAUGUUCACGGAAAAUGUAACAAAGACUAACAGACUUGAACUGCUUCCUGCCUGCCACACUAAUGAAGACUGGAGUGUUUCAUCUCUCAGGCUUUUAGUUACUCGAUGUCUUACAAAGGGCAAACAGAUGUGCCAUGACGUUAUGUUUGUGUAUUUGUUACAAGACCUUCAGGAUGACUUUCUGUUUUAAAGUGCCUUCUCUGUCUUUUUGGAUGCUGCUGUACAGUGCAUAUUAGUUGUGGUUAACAUUGUCCCAUUUUUUUUUUUUUUUUAAUUAAGGCCACUGAUGAUAUUGCACAACAGGUGUCAUUCCUUGUGUGACAUUGUUAAUGACACGAAGCUCCCUCUUACACAUGAUGAGAAAAGCCAUAAACACAUUUUUAUUUUAAUAUUAGUAUGUGAAAACAUGUUUUCAAUCAUUCUUCUUCUUCUGUCCGACAUCUUUAGUAGACACUCUCCUGCAUUGUGUCUGAUUAUUAUAAUUUUUUUUUUUUUUUUUUUAAGAGAAGAUGGACAUUUGUUGUUCCUCUCACAUUAUUGCACAUCAUAUCUAUUAAUUUUCAUGUGGUGAGAACUCAGGGUUUAAUGGAAAAGCGUUAAGCAUUUAUUAUAAUGCUUUUAUUAAAAGAAACAAACACUUUCUUGAAAUGUUGUAGCCUAAAAUGUCUUAGGAUAGCCUUAGGUAUUUAUAAUGCAACUUGUUACAACAUGUGAAUCCGAGGUUGAAGAAUAAUCGCACUGAACCGAAGUACAGUCCUACUGUGAAUAUUCAUUCAUGUCUUAAACACAGAAAGGCAAACGCCAUCUCCUUCACAUUGAUCUUUGAUUUAAUGUGUCUUGUGACUGAUGCAUCUUUUACCAAACAUCCUGAGAAUCUGAAGCUCCGCAGAGCCUCGGGCUGUGGCGCUCGCUGACAUCGUUUCACCAGCAUCUUCUUUCUCUUUGGGAGACAGCUGUUCAGUUCUCAAGUGGUUUAGGAACUACUUCAGGUGACAGCAGUGACAUGUCUGAGUUUGCAAAGUGGUGGACAUGACAAAACCUACUUUGUCUCAGAUCAUCCACAUAUUGGGGAAAUGCACUUGUUUACUUUCUUGCUGAGAGAUGGAUUAGAAGAUGAAUAAUACUGGACUCCAGUCUGGGGCCUGUUUCAUUAAAACAAUUUGUGGGAGCUGCUCAGAAAAUGGCAGACGAUAGCCCUCGGGGGGUUUCGGUUGUGGGAUGAUUUGCUUCGAUUAGUCAAACUCGUCAAACCUGAUUCUCUGAUAUGCGCUUCAAAACGUGGCUUGGCCGGGCAUUCAUAUGUUGAAUUAGCAUGUUCCUGUGUCUGUGUGGUCAAAUUGGCCUUAGGUGUAAAUGUUAAGCCAAGCGAACUGUAUCUUCCUAUUUACACUUUAAUCUUCUCAUCCAUCUAUUCGCAAGAAAGCAAAAAAAGUCUAUUUAAAAAAUAAAGGUCCAACUCUUCAUUUGAAACAGUAUGAAAUAAAAGAGAUCAAUAAAUGACAGAUUAUGACCAAGA